GGUAGCAUGGUGCAGCCCACCUGUAUGUCACAUAAAGGUACACCUGUAGUUACCUUUGUUAUGAAAAUGAGGUCUGUAAUCAGGACCGAGAAUAAUUCAUUGUCUCUAGCACCUCAGAACAGGGUAGUGCACAUGCUGUGGAGCAACACGCGUGCCUAGCGUAUUGUUCAAGUUAGAGACAGGAAAUGCUGAUAUCCUGGUGGAGAGUGUGUGUAGUGGGUUAUAAACAUUGACCUGUCUCCUUCGCUGUACUGAGUCACUGUACCUUCUAAAGCCUUGACUCACUCAGCUCACAGGCUGUACUGUUUUUUUCUGGAUAUAAGAUCAUGUGUUGGGGGGCCUGUGAUUCAUUUCGUGUGGACAAGCAUGGGUGACACAUGUGGAUUUCCCAACUGAAUACCUACACAAGACACUUACCCGGGAACUUGUCUCUCUGGUGUAUACUGGACAGAAAUAUACAUGGACCUGUACGCUUAUAGUGAAGUAUAUGUAGGUGAUAGCUGGUCACUGUGAUUGUAGGGAAACAGAUCCUGCUACCAGUGUUUUGUGCAUGUACAUUGCCAGGAAAUAGAAAUCUUGUCUGAGAAAUCGUGGGGAAUUUAAAUCCUCUUUUAUUACAAUUAUUCUGAUAUUUUGUAACUUUGGCUGGAGAAGAAAGUGCUUGAAAAUGGUGAAAGAUAGACUGGCAGAUUUGAAAGCUCGGAGACCAAGUGUUUUCAGAUCGAUCAAGGAAAGUAUUCGGAGGAAAAGCUUUCGAAGGAAAAACACGAUGGGGAAUUUUUUGGAGGAUGUGAAUGAUAUAGAUGGAGCUCUGGUCAGUUUGAAGGACAGUAUCCAGGAGACUAAGCGUUUACAGGCUUCUGUGUUGAGUACCCCAGCCUCAAACAAGAAGCUACACACAGAGCUGGCCAAAUCUAAUGCACAAAACCGAGAGCUUUCAGCAAACGUGAGGAAGCUGAUACAAGAUCUGCGUCAGAAUUAUGAUGAUCCUGCAGGUAAGAAUUCCACCGAUAAAUCAAAAGCUAGUGAACAAGUUGUGCGCAAUCAACUGGAACGUUUGACCUCAGAUCUUAAAGAAACUGUGAAUGAUUGGCACACUGCCCAGGCAUCGUAUGGCGAUAGAGUGAAAGAGAGGCUGAAACGAGAGUACAGUAUCGUGGGCGAAUCCAAAAGUGACAAAGAAUUGAAUGAUCUGUUGAAUUCGGACGAACCACACUCGGUUUUCACACAGGAUGUAAUCAAGGAGAUACAAGACGCGCAGAAUGUGUUAGACCAGGUGAAGGAAAGAGAGAAAGAAAUACGCAAUCUGGAGAAAAGUGUUGUGGAAGUCCAUGAGUUGUUUACAGAUAUUCAGAUUCUGGUGGGAGAGCAAGGGGAGGUUAUUGACAGAGUUGAAACCAACGUGGAAAAUGCGCACGAAAAUGUGGCUGCCGGGGCGGCCAAACUGAAGCAAGCCAGAGUUUACAAGAAAAAAGCCCGCCGAAAGAAGUUUAUCAUAGCUGGCAUUGUCAUUGUGGCUGUUUUACUGGUUGGUGGAAUAAUAGCCAUAGCCAUUCUUGCCUAAGUGAUUUCUCAAUGGAUUCUUGAUGGAAUUGUGAAAGAGGAAAGUACUUGAUUUUAUGAUUUGUUUUGGAUUCAUUUAUUUCUGCCAUUUUUGGAAUGUUUUCUACUGUCGAAGCUUGAACUGGUAUCAUACACAUAAAGUUUAAUGUGUUGAAAGAUUAUUUUUGUAACCUGAGCAUCACAUUAUUGCUGCACACCUGUAGAAUGUAUACUUGUUUAUUAUCCUGUGGUCAGAUUUACCUGUUUUUCAAUCAGAAUUUUGCUGAUCUUCCUUUAGUACUCCUACAUGUACUUGCACAUACUGUAAUCCUUCAACCUUUUUGCAUGUUUGCAAGGUCUUUAUUCAAGUGUAUUGUGGGAACAUUAUUUGCUUAAACUGAUUAAAUUACAGUUUUUUUUGGUGUCUCUGAUGUCUCUGUGGUUUUGCAAAUUAAAACACUGCAUAAAUCUGACUAAAUGUUGCUCUUUCACAUGGUGAAAGGUUGAGUAUUUAGGGUACUCACACGUGUAUACAGUACUUACAGGGUGUUGUUAUCAACUGAAGUUUGAUUAUGCAGUUUCUGAAUACUUGCCUAUACAUUAAUGCAUAUAAUGACAGAGAUGUAUAUGACACGUAUUAUGGUUUGUGGCAAAUUCUUGUAAUGUCUUAAACAAGUUCAUUAUUCAUUAGCUAAAAUUUCAGCAUGUGAAGCCUUACAUUGUUUCUCAAACUGCUUUCACCGGUAAAUGGAUUUGUUGUCCACUAAUUACCCUGGACAUUUUUACAGUCAUGUACAGGUAUGGUAUUUAUGAGGGCUGUAUACACACCAGGAUUUACCUUUAAUCGUGGUGCUCAGGACUCCUGGGAAUGUCAGCACUUGGUAUGCUGUAUAGGUGGCUUCAGACAACUAUAUACACCAGUUGUAGAGAGUUAUAUGUCGUACAGGAGUAUGUCCCUUGUUAUAUGUAUAUUGUCAGUUCUCUGAGAAAUAUGCUUUAGAAAACUGUGCAAAGUAAUGCUAUGUGAUAUUUUAUAAUUCUGCAGUGUAUUAAAUUUCAGCAAUUUAAACAAACAAAAAACCCAACAACAUGUAAAUCAAAUCUCAUGCAUUGCUUCUUAAGGUACAACAAUUAAAAUUGUUGAACAGAUAAGUACCUUAUACAUGAUAACUUUGACUUAUGUCUUCUCUCUGUAUUUCGUGACUUUUUUCGACAAACACAUGCAGAGAAGGCUUAACUGUGCAGUUGCCACGGCAUGGCUGAAAUAUUGCUGUAGUGCUGUAAUUAUCCUUGCGUUAUAAGGCUGCCGUAAAACACCUACCGGUGUGUCAGUGUAGAUAUAUGAAUAUUCAUGUUGUAUGUUUUAUCUGUACAUGCAUAUGCAUGCUUUAUAUGGUAAACAUGUAUGGGACAGUAUUCAUGUUUGCUGUAAGAUUUGUACAUACAUGUGUUAAUUAACGUUGUGUACAUAUGCAUUAUUACUUUUUGAUAAAACAAUAAACUUCUUUAAAAUGUGACAUUUUCAACUCUUUUGAAAGUGUUGAUACAACAUCACAGAAUGGGUAUCUGAAACCAGUUGUUGAUUAAAUGAAGGCCCUCAGAGGAUAAAAUGGAACAUUAUUUUCAAGUCCGUUAACACCAGUUUUAUGCUCUUAUCUCCAUGGUGAUAAUAAGCAGUUGAUGCUGCAUCUGAGGCCUUUGAAGGUGAAGACAACUUUUACCAGAAUGGCAUGCCAGCCUAUAUGCAGC